AUGCUGUCUCGUACUCUCCGGCGCGUGCUGUGUGAGACGGGCUCUCCGCUGCCUCCGACCUUCCUGCUGCCAUGGACCGCCAGCCUGAGCACCGUCUCGCCCUCUGCGUCGACGCAUACAGCCAACGAAGGACUGCCUCCUCCACCGAGCGGGACUGCGAAAUCGACUGAAGCGUCUUCAUCAUCUCUUCUACGACUCCAGGAACAAUUGGAGCGGACCGCUCUGUCUGCUACAGCCUCUCCAGCUCGCAAAACCACCAAGGCCCCCAGACCAAGCUCGGCUUCAGACCCUCUCAAACUCAGCCGCUCCAUGCGCGAACUACUGCCCAUCAUGCAAUCACAGGGACCGCACUACAUCACUGCCCAUAUCCACGGCAACCCAUACCUCCUCACACAAGGUGAUACGGUCCGUCUACCCUUCUACAUGCAUGGUGUCGAACCCGGAGAUGUCAUUCGCUUAAAUCGCGCUGUCAACUUGGGCAGCAGAGAUUACACUCUGAAAGCACCAGCUGCUGAGCCUCAACUCAAAAGUCCGACGAAGCGUACUGGGAAAUUCUCGUACAUCGACGAUAGAUUAUACGAGUGUAGGGCUGUGGUCAUGGGCGUGGAAAGCGAACCGCUCAGGAUCAAAGAGAAGACGAAGAGAAGACAGAGGCAUACGCGGACAGUCAAGAGUAAACAUCGCUUUACUAUUAUCAGGAUCAAAGAAGUGAGGAUCAAAGGAGUGGAUGAGAUUGAAGGGAGGAGCAUAUGA